AUGAUCCAUCUCUCACCUCACCGCGUCGCCACCAUCAGCACCUCACCACCACCACCAUGGCAUGAUGGCACCCCCCAGCGUCAGCACCACACACGCCAGCACUACGACCGCCGUCCUCACCAUCAACGGCCUCAACUCCUCACCGACCCCUUCUUCUCCCCCGCCGGCAGCACCGAGGACCUAGACCUUGCGACCGUGCGCGUUCCCGACGACCUGGCACUGGACCCGCACCAGCUGCCGGCCAUGGAUGACGUGCUGCUCAGCCAUGAAGGCCGCAGCGACAACAUCGACGGCAGACACGUGCUCACGACUGUGCACGGGGCGAGGACCCUCGGAGGGUGGCGUUGCCGAGAAGGUGUGUAUGUUGGCUGA